AUGUCAGGUAUUACUUUUAUAGACAACGUCAAUAGCGGUUAUCUUUUACCUGAUGCAUUAGACAAUGACAUUAUCAAUAUGAUAAACAAAUUUAUCCGUGCUACUGAAUACCGUACGAAGGAUAUGCUCCUUCUACCAACCAAAAUCGAACAUAUUAAUAUUGUCUCUUUGCUCAAUAGCAGCUUUUUCAACAACUGCAAAAAUGACGAUCUUUGCAGAUACAGCUACCGAUACCAUGAAUCUCCUGAAAAUUUGAAGAAUAUGGAGAACGACUUUAAGAUCAAAUUCGUGGUUCCAUUUGUUAAUGCUGCUUUUGAUGUCAAUGAUAAGUUGGUUGUUUACUGGGAUACCCCCUUGGAUCUGUAUAAGAACUCUAACAUGAAAAUACAGAAAAGGCAGACUCCGGAUGCAAAAUUCAAGACAAUCGAUGGUAUAGAAAUUGGAGUCGUAGAGAUAAAGCCAUUCAACACACCAACCGAAAAGAUUGAAGAAGACCGAGUCCGACUUGCUGAGAUUAGCAAAAAAAUGCUUCAUAGAAGAGUUCUGGCUGCAAAGAGUGAAAGAGAACUGAUAACCUUUGCAGUUAUGAUUGCAGGCAAUGAGAUUGAGUACUUCGUCCAUAAGUAUAAGCUUCAAGAAUCAACCUCAUCAAGCCUGUAUACCUUUCAGCUUUUGAAAAAGUCUGUUCUCCCCACUUUCCCAAAUACGUAUAGUCAUAUGCUACUGUCAUUGGAAUUUUUAAGCCACUACAAGAAAAUGAUGGUUGAUAGUAUUGCUUUAGCUUCUGAUGUUAAAAAGCCGUACCUUUAUGCAGAUAGCCACAAAGACUUUAUGCCAACUGUAACAUUAUUAAAGCUUAAUGGGGACUAA